AACGCGAGCCGCAAUUCCUUGAAAAGAAUAUGGCGGAAGGAAUUCAUUUCACAGCAUUUUGUUUGUAAAUAAGGCAUGGCGGCUGGAAGCUUAGGAGCCUUGAGCUAUGGCUACUCAAGGAAUGUCUUUCCAAACAAUAACGAGGUUGUGUGGGUAGUAAGAACGUAUAACCCGAAAGAGCCGAGGACGACAGCUGCUGUGCCAGUGCCUAGGCAUAAAUUUUUGUAUCCGACCCCACAGAAUCUUCCAGAUGUUCCGAAAGAAUGGAAAUUGCAAGUGGAGCCAUCAAUUUUUUCUUACUCUUUACGUGAUUGUGGGCAAAAAAACUACCCAUCCUCUCAAGCAACAAGAUGUGAAGAAUGGUCAACUCUACGACAAACAUUGCCAAGCAGAGGUUACCACGAAAGAGGGUCUGCCCCACGGUGGGGGACCGCAGGCGUUUUAAUACCGCCAAGAGCAGCUCGAGAAUAUUCCAAGAGGUUCCCGCACAUAAACAGCCCAAUGACAAGGUAUGUGGAUGACAUGCACCUCACAAACAGGCUGUUUAAACUGCAUUGAGGCCGGCUUCAUGCAUGGAUGCAAAAGGCAACCAAGGGUUUGAUCCUGAGUUUUGGACCACCGUAAAUGUGCUUAGCGUAAUUAGAAGAAGGAAUUAAUUAUUUAGUCCUAUUUGAUUUUCGAUAUUAUAGAAGGAA